AUGGAGGACGCCAUGGAAACCGAAUCCCACCCGGCGCCGGAGAGCGAGUUCUCGCAUUCGCCGUGGUUAGAAAUGGGCCACUUCACGUCGCCGCAGCAUUCGCCUCCAGUACCGGAGUAUAAUGGGUUCGAAUUUGGCCAUCCGCCAAUAAUGACCGUGGAUGCAUCCUACGGCAUGUCCCUGCCGCCACCCUACGCCUCCAUGCCCCUACCCAUGCCGACGCACUCGUGGCCCAGUUUGCUGACGCAACAAUCGCCCUUCCACGAAAAUGGGAUUCCACCUACUCCUCCGCUUCCGCAAUCCGUCUCGCCUUCGGCGCCUGUGCCACCAGUGCGCAAGACCUCGACCGGCGGAUCGACCCCGCGCAGGACCCUAACCGACGAGGAUCGUCGGCAGAUGUGUCUGUACCACCAAGAACACCAGACCGCAAAGCAGACAGAUAUUGGCGCCCUAUUCGGUGUCGAAAGAAGUACCGUCUCUAAAGUUUUGCGUCAGAAGGAUAAAUACCUGAACCCAGAGGACGGCAGCCGAUCACCAAUUAAGCGGGCUAAAGGCAAAGUCCCAGAUAUUGAAAAGGCCCUCUCCAACUGGCUCCGCAACUAUCAGGGGAAAGGCCUUCCUAUCAACGAUGAGAUGAUUCGUGAGAAAGCUCUCUUCUUCGCAAGCAACUGCGGCUGUCCCGACGGCAAGCAGAAGGUGUUGACCGCAGCGUGGCUGGAGAAGUUUAAGCAAAGAAAUGGGCUCCUUGGAGCCAAAGCACGCAAGGGCUCUCUCGAUGCCCGACGGGGCAGUGGAUCUAUCAGCCCAACGCAUAUUAUUACAGACCAUGCGAACGGUGCUCGCCAAAGCCCCAGCCGACGCUCUUCGGUCUCCCCACAAAAUGGGAUUGGUUCGCCUAUCUCACCAACCCACAGCGACGGUGGUGGCAAGAGGGACCUCCCGGAGCUAGCGGGUGGCUACCAACAGAUCCACACCAAAAGUACGACUCCCCUUGACACUGGAUCUACUGGCAUGGUUAGCCCUACGUCUACCCUGGUCUCUGAAAGCCCUUUCACCCCGACCAGCCAAACUCGGGCCCUGUCAGGAAGCAACUUGAGCCGGCCGCGCAGUCAGACCUUUCCUCUGGUCCCGAUCGAUCCUACCCUGGUGACCGCAGAUGAUUCGAUGGACCAUCAAUCGGACAACCACAACGUGGCGAUCUUGGAAUCACCUCUCGAAUUCGGCGACGAAGACUCGCAUGUCGCCAAGGACAACGAUCCGAGAAAGUUCAUCAAGCGCAACCGAAGCAACCCAGAGAUCAAGUCCAAAUCGAUGCAACCGCCCGCAUCAGUCACAAAAUCCAGCGUUUCCUCUCCUGUGCUCGGUCCUGGGUCUCCCACCCAAGACGAAGCACGUCAUGCGUUUGAAACCGUGAUUAAGUACUUCGAACGACAGCCAACCAGCCUGACAGCACAGGAGUACAUGACAAUGGGCAAGCUCAUGGAGCGCCUAGAGUUGGCCAAGAACCAACAAAAUGCCGUAGGCGCCGGGCUGCCUCGCAUCGACGAGCACGACGACGUGCCUCGAGUCAACAAGAAACGGAGCAUCCACAGCCUAGGAUGA